UCGUCCAAAGGCCGUUAUAACAAACAUGGGGACAACAGUACAAGCCAGGUCCAGUGUCCAAGUCUGGAUGGCCUGUCUGCUCCUGACAUUUGUUACCACAGUAACUGGACCCAAAGUCAGUCACCCUGAAGUGGAUACCCCCCUGGGUCGUGUUCGAGGCCGGCAGGUGGGUGUGAAGGAUACAGACCGCAUGGUAAAUGUCUUCCUGGGCAUCCCCUUUGNUCAAGCACCACUGGGACCUCUUCGGUUCUCAGCUCCACUCCCACCACAGCCCUGGGAAGGUGUGAGAGAUGCUAGCAUCAAUCCCCCAAUGUGCCUUCAGGAUGUAGAGAAAAUGAGCAACAGCAGAUUCACCCUCAAUGAAAAGAUGAAAAUCUUCCCCAUUUCUGAGGACUGCCUGACCCUCAACAUCUACAGCCCCACUGAGAUCACUGCAGGGGACAAANGGCCGGUCAUGGUAUGGAUCCAUGGAGGCUCUCUGCAGGUUGGCUCCUCCACAUCUCAGGAUGGAUCAGCCCUGGCUGCCUACGGGGAUGUGGUAGUUGUCACUGUCCAGUAUCGCCUUGGGAUCUUUGGCUUCCUUAGCACUGGAGACAAGCACAUGCCAGGCAACAGGGGAUUCCUGGAUGUGGUGGCUGCUCUUCGCUGGGUCCAGGGGAACAUAACCCCCUUUGGGGGUGAUCCCAACUGUGUCACUAUCUUCGGUAACUCUGCUGGAGGCAUUAUUGUCUCAUCCCUGCUCCUGUCUCCUAUGUCUGCUGGGCUCUUCCACAGAGCCAUAUCGCAGAGUGGGGUUGUCACCACCAAAAUAAUGGAAGUGUUGAAACCAUGGCCUGAAGCUCAG